UCUGCUUCCCAGAUCACCAGCGUGGAAGUUGAAACGAGUGAAGGUCAUUUGAAAGUCCAUAAAAUGAAGAAGAAGGUAUUGAGGAAGCAGGUCAGAGCUCAGCAUACAUUGAUGAGACAUGAGGGCAUUGAGUGCAUCUCCCAUGCCACACAGUGUCUGGUUAUUGCCAAUGCUGGUCUGGGCAAUGGGAUGAGUAGACACCAACUGCUCAGGAUUGUAGAAGAAUAUGGAUUGGUGGAAACACUCUUAAUGCCACCGAAUAAACCGUAUUCAUUUGUGAAAUAUGGGACAACAGAAGAAGCCAAGAAAGCCUUUGAUGCCCUUAAUGGAAAACAAGUAACACUGGAAGACUUUGGCCAAAACAUUGUUCUAUAUAUUAAUUUUGUGGAAAAAGUCUUCUGGCAGAAUGCUGUUCCUGCAAGCUUGCCUCCAGGCCUAAUGAUCAUUGAAAAGAUUGUUUCUCCAGAGGAAGAAAGGAGGAUGUUGGAAAGUAUUGACUGGAUAGAAGAUGAAGGUACUCAGAAUGCCCAGAAGACUUUAAAGCAUAGAAGAGUAAAACAUUACGGGUAUGAGUUUUGCUAUGAUAACAACAAUGUUGAUAAAGACAAACCUUUACCUGGAGGUCUUCCUGAAAUUUGUGACCUGUUCUUGGAGAAGUGCUUGAAGCAGGGAUAUAUCAAACAUAAACCUGAUCAGCUGACUGUAAAUCAGUAUGAACCUGGACAAGGAAUUCCUCCUCAUAUUGAUACACAUUCUGCUUUUGAGGAUGAAAUAAUCUCUCUCAGUUUAGGAGCUGAGAUUGUGAUGGAUUUCAAACACCCUGAUGGCCGUAUGGUGUCAAUUAUGCUGCCCCGGUGCAGUUUAUUGGUGAUGGCUGGAGAAUCCAGAUACCUGUGGACACAUGGGAUUACACCCCGAAAAUAUGAUGUUGUUCAAGCAUCUGAGCUUGGGCAAAACGUUGGAACAAUGACUGUUGAUGUUGGAGAUUUAACACUAAAUCGAAGGGAAACGAGGACUUCAUUUACAUUCAGGAAAGUGAGGAGAAGCCCUUGCAAUUGCAUUUACCCAUCUGUCUGCAACAGCCAGAAAGGACAGCAAAGACAAGUACAACCUGCAUUUCCCCACAGUGAGGUGGAAGCCUCAAAGCUGGAGCAAGAAUAUGUACACAAGGUGUACGAAGAGAUUGCCACACACUUCAGCAGCACCAGGCAUAGCCCAUGGCCCCGAAUUGGAGAGUUUCUCAGGUCUCUACCAGAAGGGUCAAUAGUGGCUGAUGUUGGUUGUGGUAAUGGGAAAUAUCUAGGUAUCAACAAGGACUUGUACCUG